GUUGUUGCGAAUCUUGAUUGCGGCACACAGCAUAUGCAUCGCUUUAACCAACAUACCACAAAGGCGAGGAUCACGUCAAAGGGGUUAACUUUAUAAAGUGUGGCGUAGCACGACUUGUCUCCUGCCUUACCAGCAUGAUGAACGGAAACGAAAACCAUGGAGUCGUCCAGCAGCAUUCAAUACAACAUACUCUCGAGCACCUUUCUGGUGAAAUAAACACAUUACUGAACAAUGAAUCCCUCUACGAGACUCGUAUUCGAGAGCUUUCAACGAAUUUGGGUGCUUUCAAAACAGCAUACUCCGCUAUGGAAGAGCGCCUUCGAAGACAAGAGAAAGAGAGAAACGAUUUGAUGCACGAGUUGAACGUCCUAAAAGGACUGGAAAAACGAGUCAUAUGUUUGCUUGACGGUGACGGAAUGAUCUUCACACAGGAGUUGAUGAGCCAAGGCCAGGAAGGCGGCCUAGCUGCAGCGAAAAAACUGACCGAACGCAUUCGCCAAUGCAUAUUCGCUGAAGGAUUUGAGCAAUACCAACUUUGGGUGUACCUCUUCUAUAACAAACGCGGCCUUCUGGACACGUUUGGCCGAGCGGGUCUAACAACGGCUAGAGCCAAGUUUGAUGACUUCAUGAUGGGUUUCAAUCAAGCUGCUGAGCGAUUUAUCAUGGUCGACGUAGGAGGUAGCAAAGAAGCAGCGGACGCGAAGCUUAAGGUCCAUCUUGAAGAUAACAUCCGUCUCCCACACACUUACAAAAUAUUCUUCGGUGGAUGCCAUGACAAUGGCUAUGUGCACAAUCUUCGUUCUGUCGUUACCUCCGGCCUUGGUCAUAAACUUGUCCUCAUGCCUGGUUAUUCCGAGGUAGCGAUUGAUAUCAGGGCGCUCCAGCUACCUGAGCUCAGAGUACCCGAACUGUUUAUGACGACUAAACUCGUGGCACCGUCUUAUAAUGUCAUCGCGACUGGUCCUCCGCCUGGACUGGUGCCUACUACUCCGAAAUUGAGUUCUGCACCGCAGCCAGUCUGUCCUCCUACUUCUCCGCCUGCUAUAAACCCUAUGUCUGGAGAAGGCCAGGGAGCGAUGGCUCGGCGCGGAAGUAUUCCAAGUUAUAAAUCUGUAUUGCAAGCGCCGCACGCAAUAUCAGCGCGGUUUGGCAGUCCAGUAGCGGAGCCAAGUGAGAGUAGUGAAUCCAGCGAAGCGAGCGAGAUUCCAUUUCGCUUCCCACGAUUGACCCCUCCUUCUCCACCGAGGCAGCGACGUAUCAACUCCCAACUGCUUUUGUCUAAGCGUAUGUUCACUAAGCGUCCAUUGGUGAUCUAAUGCUAACCUUAUCACAUAGACGUUCCACCUCCGUGCACUUUAUUCUACUUGGCACAAUGCAGGCACGGUUCGGGCUGCAAAUAUUCGCAUGAGUAUAUCUUGGAAGCAGAGCACUAUCAAGAACUCGAAGAGAAUGCAAAGAAGACGCCUUGUAAAAUCGCGAAUGAUGGUGGGGAUUGUUUAUUUGGGGACGACUGUGUUUAUGGGCAUUCGUGCCCGAACGGCACAACUUGUUAUUUCCUGAAGUUAGGAAAAUGUAAAUUUGUCGCAGGUGAGAGCAUCUGGUCAUCCUCCACACCAAGCAACUC